AUGUUUAGAAUCGUCAGAUUAAUAAUCAUCUUGCUUUCGAUAGCGACCACAGUAUUAUCGAUAUUUGCAUUAGUUGGAUCAUACAAAAAUGAAGCCUACUUGACCAAAAUAUAUUUGUUAGAUUUCCAUCUUACUGAUUUAGAUGUGUCGCAGCUUAUAGAUUUCAAUGGAUUCUCCAAGAGAGAUACUAUACAUCCUGAUAGUAAGAGAGAUACUAUUUUACCUGGUCGUACGGUGGUGGAAAAGGACCUUGCCAGUAGUUUAUCAGAUAUUGGAUCGACUAUCAGCGGCAUCGUUAAUUCAAUAACUUACGAAGAUAUGGGGUUGGCGCAGGUAUACUCGAUCAGUUUGUGGGGUUACUGUAAGGGAGAAGUUAAGGGCAGUUCAAAAACAGAAAAGGGCUUCGAUAACUCGGAUAUCGAUUUUAAGUGGUGCUCCGAUCCUAAGCCAGCAUAUUUCUUCGACCCGCUAGAAAUUAUCAAACAAGAAUUGAACAAUACUAUAAAUGAUAAGAUUACAGGCGCAUCGGGUAGUAUUGACAUUUCGUCUGAUGUGAGAACGGUAUUGGAACAAAUAGUUGAUAAUAUUACAUAUGAGACUUUAAAUUUGCCUGGUAACUUAAACAAGCAACUUACGCUUUUAAACAACUUGACUAAGGCCGCGUUCGCAUUGAUAUUGAUCAUGGCUAUUUUGUCAGCUAUUGGUGUAUUCGUUCAACUUAUUGGAUGUUGUGUGGACCCAAGUAAUUGUUGUCUUUCAUGUAUCAACUUCCUCUUUCAAACAUUGGUUUUCCUCACUGGUAUUAUUGGAGCAGGGUUAGCAACUGGUGCUUAUAUCUAUGUGAGAAAACAAAUUAAUGAAAAUACCGGAGAGCUUGGUAUUAAGUCUUUCUUAUCGAUUGCAUUUUAUGCAUUGAUAUGGUCUGCAGUUGCCGCAGCAUUGUUAGUGCUUAUAUUCACCAUCAUCGGCCAUUGCUGCGGCUGUUUAUCUAAUAACAGAAAGAAAUACAAGCCUCUUGAUGCUCCUGCUGUACCUGAAAAAAAUGGCUACGAAAUGGGAUAUAAUCAUCAUCAAAACUAUUAA